AUGUUAAGUUUUAUUCUUUUCCUUACACUGUAUUUAUAUACGGUCAAGGUCUUCAAUGGGUUUCUGCUUUUCUGGACUUUCUUCCUUGCAGUUGCAGCUCAGGCAGAUCCACAAAUUAUUGAUCCAAACCCAAACCCCAACACCCCCACCCCUACUCCAUCCGCACGAGGCAGGUGCCCUAGAGAUGCCCUCAAAUUAGGUGUAUGUGCCAACGUGUUUAACUUAGUCAAUGUCAUCGUUGGUUCACCUCCAGUGAUGCCAUGCUGUUCCCUUCUCAAUGGCCUUGUCGACCUCGAAGCUGCUGCUUGCCUUUGCACUGCUAUUAGAGCUAACAUCUUAGGCAUCAACCUUAACAUCCCUGUUUCUCUUAGCUUGCUCCUCAACGUUUGUUCAAGGAAUGUUCCAACUGGGUUUCAAUGCUAAUUAAGUCAUCACUUUUCCCUCCAUUCUUUCUCAACUUCCUUAUUGUUUGUGUGUUUGGUUUUUUUAUAAAGUUAUGAUUUCAUAAUUUCAUUGUUUUAGUUUGUAUCAUUGUUGCUUUAAUUUCCUUGGGAGAAUUGAUACAGAAUAAUAUUUUUCUUCAAAGUGUUUUUCUUUGAGUGUUUAUUAUAUCUGUAAAGGACAUGAAAAAACUUGUAUUAUUCAUUUCGUUCUUCU